ACUUUAAGAAAAAUAUAUUGCGAAAUAAGCUCCCAAGUGUGCAGUUUAAAAACCUUUUCAUGAUUUGUACAGUGCUGGUCUUACAGGUUGCUGUGUUAUUCGCACCAAUGCGAACUUCGCUUUUAUGCGCCAGUUUGCUUUCGUUUUCGUCAAACAAAGUCCUAUUAAAGCUAGCGUGGGCACUUGGGCGAUACUUCAGAUCUCAUUACCUUAACAAUCCAUACUUGUUCCGGGUAUGACGAAUACUCGCAUAAAACGAUGCCAGGUUUCGUCGAGGAGAGAAGCAAUUUACAGAUUUAACAAACCUUCAGUGUGCUCGGACUUGGUGAACCCCGGAUGUAGCUGCACGUGAAGAAAGCAAGUUGCUAAUUACUGUUAGAUUCCCUUCAUUGCUAUCAGCACAAACAAGCAUGAAAACCCACAGAGAGGGCGGCGAAGAUGUAUAGAAGGUUACAAAUAAUUUGGUAACUCGUGACUUGGAAAACCUGAAGAUGAUGGUCUGACAGAUUAUAUCACAUAAUCCACCUUUUGAGUCAGCUAUCUCUGGAAAUAACACACUGUGUAAUUACGGAUUAUAGUGUUGUGGAGAGUCAAGUCAUCGGGACCCGGAUACGGCUGUGGUGUCAGCUACUACAGCGAGUUGGUUCAUAGCUGUGGGGAGCUUUACUCAUACAACUCUAUACACACACUGCGCGUUGAAUACACAGUGUACGUUCCCUACUGAAGGCGUUAUGUCAAAUAAUGUCACGCAUAAUGGUCACAUAAAGACAGUUGACAACACAAUCGUGUGGUUGAUGGGACGUUAUACACAGUAAGAGCAUUUGAAUAUGUUCACAUCACUACAGAGUCCUAUCCAUCCUGAAAUGACCACAACUGGUCACCAAGUCCUCAACGUCACCCAAACGAUUGACCAUCUCAACUAUGAAAGACGCCUAUUCCAGCAGCCGGUUGUCGUGACCCUGGGCGUCAUCAUGGUGGCCGCCAUCUUUGGCAACGUCCUCGUCAUCUAUGUAUACCGGAGCAAGAAGAUGACUCCCUCCUACUUUUUCAUACUGCUGCUUGCCUUGGGAGAUCUUAUCAGUAGUUCUCUCUGCAUCCCGUUCCAGAUGUUCGACCUCAGCAACCCGUACAAGUACCCAGUCCCUGUGGCAUGCAAGAUCUUCAGAUUUCUGGAAACUGUCGUCAACACCUGGUGCGGCCUCAUCCUCAUGUGCAUUGCUUUUGACAGAUAUUUUAAGAUAUGCCACCCUCUUCAGACAUAUACAAUGGGCAAGGCCAAAUCUCUUACCAUCGUUAUGUUCGCUAUCACAAUUUCCGUAUCAUGGCCACAGCUGUUUCUGGUGGGUAAAAGGACUGUCACAACGCCAGUCAAGGGCGUGUUUGGUGAAGAUUGUUCCACCCAGGAUGGGUUGUUCGGUUCUAUAUAUUCCCUGUUGUUUCAGGGUUCUAUUAGUUUCCUGUUCAGUGUGUGCCUUGUGAUAUUCUUAUUAUUCUAUGGGAGAAUGUUUCACGUGAUUUGGAAAAGGAAGCGUCAGCGAAUUGGGGAAAGUUAUUCUUUUACUGCGUCGUAUGGCAGUGAAAAGAUCAAAGUAGCAGACAAUAAAAACAAACCAUCUUUAACUGGGACAGAGGAUACCUGUUUUACCGCCCAAAGUAACAGUGCCUUCCCCUUUGACAAUAUUGAUAAAAAUUCUAAUGAAAAUACCGGAGACACAAAAUACAUAGGUGAAGGUCGGAGACGCUCAACGCUGGACUCCAACAUGGCGAACCUGACGGAGUCGUUUGCAAGCAAUCUGAAUGAAAUACACACUGAAACUAGACAUUCGUCCGUGUGGUCCCUUUCAAUGUCAUUUCAAAGGACCCCGUCUACACCACUAAGUGCUCAAUCACACCGUUUGAAAUUCUCGAGUCGGAUUAAAAUACGGACCUCUCGUACAACCAUCAUGUUUGGCCUGGUUACGUUGGCCGGAGUUUUUGGAUUUCUACCAUAUUUGAUAGUGGAGGUUCUCAGACAGGCUGGACUCGCAUUUCAACCAGGUAUGACAGAUGCGGAAGACUUAGCGUACGAGUUUUUAUCAAAGUCCUAUUUUCUAAACAACAUUGCGAAUCCGUUGAUAUACAGUGCAGUAAACCCACUAUUUAGAAAGGACAGCCGGAAGGUGCUACGGAAGCUGCUCAAAUGCAAAGACUGACUUUGUUCACCAAAGCAGACUGUAUUCAGUAUUAAAACAGAUUUGUAUAUAGGUAAUAAAUGUUACUUUUUAAGAAAAA